ACGUUGCAGCUCGUUGACGACCUUCCUAAUAACCUUGACCCAAAUUCCAUAGACCCUCGACUUAGAGAUAACAACCAAGAGCCUAAUCAUUUACACGAGCAAAACAAUAAUACAGGCACUCGUCUACAAUUUCAGGAAAUCCCGCUACCCCUGUUAAAGCACUGCACCAAGGAAGUUCGUGGGGGUUACAUGUGCACGUUCUUCACAUGCGCUGGUGGUACUUGCAAAUGGGAUGCAUGUACCCACACAGAUCGAGACCCUCCGAGCCAGUGUGGGAAGGUUCACGCAACACCCUCGGAGGCCAGAAAACACAUCCGUACCCACGUGAAGCCAGUACUCUGUCCCAUGUGCCAACACACAAACCAAACACAGCCAAUUAUGAGGAGGCAUCUGGAAACGCACUUCGUUAAGAAGAAGGGAGGAGAUGCAUUAAUAUGCGAACUAUGCAAUGCCGACUUUACUCGACGGGACAACUUUUUGAGACAUACAAACAAGCAACACCCAGACGCCGCAGCCAAAUCGAGCAAGGCAGGCAAAUCUUAG